CUCCUCUCUAGCGGUGGCUGGCUGCGGCAGCUGUAGAGCCAGGAGGGGCUGGCGGAGGCGAAGCAGCAGCAGCGGCGGAAUAUGGCGGACGGCGUGGACCACAUAGACAUCUACGCCGAUGUAGGAGAGGAGUUUAACCAGGAGGCUGAAUACGGUGGACAUGAUCAGAUAGAUCUGUAUGACGACGUCAUCUCUCCAUCUGCCAAUAACGGCGAUGCACCAGAGGAUCGUGAUUAUAUGGACUCUCUUCCACCAUCUGUUGGAGAUGAUGUGGGCAAAGGAUCAGCACCAAAUGUUGUCUAUACAUAUACAGGAAAAAGAAUUGCAUUAUAUAUUGGAAAUCUUACUUGGUGGACCACAGAUGAAGAUUUAACUGAAGCAGUUCAUUCCCUUGGUGUAAAUGAUAUUUUGGAGAUAAAAUUUUUUGAAAACCGUGCUAAUGGCCAAUCUAAGGGGUUUGCUCUUGUAGGUGUGGGAUCUGAGGCAUCUUCCAAAAAGCUGAUGGAUCUGUUGCCUAAAAGAGAAUUGCAUGGUCAAAAUCCUGUUGUAACUCCUUGUAAUAAGCAGUUUCUGAGUCAAUUUGAACUGCAAUCAAGAAAAACUACACAGUCAGGCCAGAUGUCUGGUGAAGGAAAAGCUGGUCCCCCGGGAGGCAGUUCACGGGCAACUUUUCCUCCAAGUAAUAGAGGGAGGGGCCGUUUUCCAGGUGCCCUUCCUGGAGGGGACAGAUUUCCGGGACCAGCUGGACCCGGAGGGCCCCCUCCACCUUUUCCAGCUGGACAAACUCCUCCACGUCCACCUCUAGGUCCUCCUGGCCCACCAGGCCCGCCGGGUCCUCCUCCACCUGGGCAGGUUCUGCCUCCUCCACUAACUGGUCCUCCUAAUCGUGGUGACCGUCCCCCUCCCCCAGUUCUGUUUCCAGGACAGCCCUUUGGCCAACCUCCAUUGGGUCCACUUCCACCCGGUCCUCCGCCUCCAGUUCCAGGCUAUGGUCCUCCACCAGGUCCUCCACCCCCACAGCAAGGUCCUCCUCCACCUCCAGGUCCUUUCCCCCCUCGUCCACCUGGUCCCUUAGGACCACCCCUUACAUUGGCUCCUCCUCCUCACUUACCUGGGCCGCCACCAGGUGCUCCCCCUCCUGCCCCACACGUGAAUCCAGCUUUCUUCCCCCCACCAGCCAACAGUGGCAUACCUACAUCAGACAGUCGUGGUCCACCACCUUCAGACCCAUAUGGCCGACCUCCACCAUAUGACAGAGGUGAUUAUGGGCCACCAGGCAGGCGUUUCACUGGAAAUAACAUGUCCAUAAGAGAACAAUUACAUAUGCCAUUGUAUUGGAGACAAACGAAAAAUAAUACUCAAAACGCAGGGAGAGAAAUAGAUGCUGCAAGGACACCUUUAAGUGAAGCAGAAUUUGAAGAAAUUAUGAAUAGAAAUAGGGCUAUCUCUAGCAGUGCCAUUUCAAGAGCUGUAUCAGAUGCAAGCGCUGCGGAAUAUGGAAGUGCUAUAGAAACCUUGGUGACUGCAAUUUCAUUAAUUAAACAGUCCAAAGUAUCUGCAGAUGAUCGCUGCAAAGUACUUAUUAGCUCUCUGCAAGAUUGUCUUCAUGGAAUUGAAUCAAAGUCUUAUGGUUCUGGGUCAAGAAGACGUGAACGGUCAAGGGAGAGAGACCAUAGUAGGUCAAGGGAGAAAAGCCGACGCCAUAAAUCUCGUAGCAGAGAUCGCCAUGAUGAUUAUUACCGGGAAAGAAGCCGUGAACGCGAGAGGCAUCGUGACCGUGAUAGAGACCGCGAUAGAGAGCGUGAUAGAGAACGAGAAUAUCGUCAUCGUUAAGAGCUGAAGGAAGAGGAGCACCUCGCCAGAAAAGAAAUGUAACUACGUGGAAAGAGGCUUGUCCAGCAGUUUGCUUCUUGUGAUCGAACAGAGCUGUAAAGGAUUCAUGGAUAAAUUGAACAGGAAUAGAUCUGAAUAAAGCAAAUCUGCAUAUAUGGUAACCAGUAGCUCUCUUACUUUUUAUGUUGCUUAGCUGUUUUAUUUGAAGGAACCUGUGUGAUUUAAAACAUAUAGCUUUUUGCAACUUUAUUACUGGUUAUAUACAUUUGAUAAUUAAAAUGUGCAGGCAAUUGGAAAAAAGUCAAGUAAAUGCUUGUUUUUAUAGUAGUUGGUUCUUGUUUAAAUGUUCAAGAUAAUGUCUGUAAAGCGCACCAAUUUGAUUAUAAUAGAUGUAGUGUUGUAAUAAACUGUUUGAUGGGGCUGAUGUGUAAAGCUGUUCGAGUUAUUUGAUGUUUACACCUCAGGGAGCGUCUUGUGUUCAGCAAUAUUUAAUGGUGUUAAAUGUCUCUAACAAAAAUGCAUAUUUUUUACAAAUGCAUCAAUUUAUUGUAUUUGAUGAAUGAAUAGCAGUUGUGUCCAACACUUUAUGAUGAUAGAAUAGAAAUCACAUCAUUAGUUUGUAGCCAGUUUUGCAUAGGUGGCUUGUGAACAUGCUGAAAGGUGUACCAAAAAAUUAACGUUUGUGGUCCUAAUAGACUGAAACUCCAUUGGAGAAGAUUUAGGCUGAAAUUGAAUUAAAGCGUGUGAAGACUUCUGUUGCAAUAUACAGAACUAAAUAUCCCAUAUUUAUUUACAAAAGGUUAGAAAAAAUGUUUGGCAUUUUCAGAUUUGGUGAUUACCUUUCUUUACUUUUUUGUUAUGUCCUAUUUCCAGAUGCUCUGAUAGUGUAUACACAGAUAUAUGUCAGCUAAAAGUAGGUAUAAAAGAAAUCCCUUAAAAAAAACCCCACAAAAAAUAAAAUUUCCAGCAGUUUCCUUAAGCAGUAGAAUGCAUAUACAUUCAGUAUUCUGAUGUGUGUAUGCAUAUUCCUUGAAUAAUUAAUGGAGUUUGUCCUAAUAAGUAGAUGGAGAUCUGAUGUACUCUACUAACUCAACAGUAGAUUUACACUCAUGUUCAGCAAUAUGUUGUUUGCAUUAUAACUGAGUUUUGUUGAUAAAAAUAGACUUCUCAAAAUCUUACUUGCACCUGCCUAAUUUCUCCUCCUUUCAAAGCUGUCAACAUUUUAAAUAUUUGCUGAACUAUUUCCCCAGAUUUUACUGGUUCAUGAAUUAAUGAAAAGUCUUUUUAAUAUAUAAUCAAUAUCAUAAUAAAUUUGCUGAGAUAUGAUAUUAAAUACAAUAUAUAUAUAUUUUGUAGCAUCAAACUUGACUUUACAACCAGCCAUAACUUGACAAGAAACCAUGACCAGUCUUGGCUUUCUAAUUAAUAUAAUUGCAUAAUAGAUAAGUUUAAAAAGCAUCCUUGACACAUCUACAGUUUUUAAAAUAAAUGAAGCAUAUAUACUAAAGUGUACAUAUGCUUCAGUUAUAUACAUAAUGAGGUACAUAAUGUAUUAUCCAGACUUUAGUUUCUGCUUACCUGGGAAUAAAUCCCUUUGAAAGUGGAAUUACAUUUGAGUAAAUAUGCAUAGUAAUAUGCUAUCCACUUGUUAUUGGCGGCACAUGGAAGCACUCAAAUUGCUGUAUUGGUUCUAUACACAAUCCUGCUCAGGCUAGAACCACUGAAAUAAAAAUAAUUUAUUAUGUCUCUCAGAAGUCUUGUCCAAUGUGACUAAAUUUACAUUGUUGCAAAAGUCAGUUUAUCAUGUGCCUAGUUCAGCCAGUGCAACUUAACCUAUAGACUUGCCUGUUUCAAACUAAUGUAUUUUAGUUGUUUAUAACUGGAGUUGUAUGGGUAUGUUAAACUGUUCACUGAAGAGAUUUUUAUAACAGCUGCCUUUAUCAUUUUUGUACUUGGACAUUCUCAUGAGCCAUUCCUGGUUUGUUUUAUUGAUCUAACACAUUUUUAUGUGAAAUUGGCUUCUGUUAAGCAUAUUAUUAUGGGUCAGUUUAUCCAAUUAGUAUGUGGAAAUGUCAAUAUCUAAAUUUGGUUUAGCCUCUGAUUUUAUUUGUGUGUGUGUGUGUGUGUGUGUAUGUAUAUAUAUAUGUGUGUGUGUGUAGAUAUAUAUAUGUCUGUGUGUAUAAAUAAAUAGGGAGUAGUUCAGAAGUAAAGAUUGAUUGAAGUAAAAUAUUAAGAUGUUUGGGUUCAUACAAUCUUUUUACGUUAAAGUUACACUCUUAAGGUUUUGAGUUGUUUCCUUUGUGCAGAGGUGAAUAGGAGUAUAAUCAGAAAAUGGGAAGUUGGUCACAUACUUGGAACGACUUGUUUAUGUUGGGUGGUUGUCUCAGCUCUAAGAACUCCAGUGCAGUAUACAUUUUUAAUUAGCUAGAAUGUGGACAGAGAAUCUGGACUAAAAACUGGAAAAACCAAAAGCUGAAGAAACAGCAGGUAAGUUAGAUAUGCAUGGUGGAUAAGUUUUUAUUUGAACAAUUUCAAGUAUCCAGGAACCAAAAUGAAAAUAAUUUAAAAUCACAACUUACUUUUCUGUAACUUACUUUUUACAAUUGAACAGUAGUGUUAUUGCUGUAUAUAGUUUAUGUUUUCUCCUCAAGAUUUCCAUUGCUGGCAAUGGAUUUGCCAAAAAUCAAAGUAUGAAUGUUUUUUUGAUAACUUUUUAUAUACGUAGUGUGAAAGUUUUUGAUGUGUAGUAGUAAAUAAUCUUUAGAGUUUGUCUUGUGAGUAAAAUUUUAUUUUCCAAUGGGAAUUAUUAGUUUCAAUGAACAUUUAAAGAAGUCCAAAGAUAUUAAGACAAAUGAAGGCAUUCCAGUUGUGAUACGUCUGUGAGCAAACUCAGGAUAUAUUAUUGUGCAUACUCACCAGACAGUAACAAAAACCUGGGUAUUUUCUAGGCUCCUGUUGAAGUUUGUUUGGGUUUCUGUAUUUAUUCUGCUUUUGACAGGAAAAUGUGUGCAAGUAGGUACUUGAUAUUUCUGUAUAUAGAUGUCCUUAGAUAAAAUAGAUAAUAUUUUAUGUUUUAAUCUAUAAAAACGCAAAACACUGAACUAAAAUAAUUGAUUAGAUACGUCAAUAUCUGCUUGAAUUGUCACAUAUCUUUAAUGUGCAUGGUUGCAGAGGGUGGUACCCCUGGAACUAAUUCGAACUUAAGCCAGAACAGUAAAUGUAUUGAUUAAUUAGAUAGCUUUUCUUUCAGUGUACUGAGCUAACAAUACAUAUAGCUGGAAAGCUUUGUUUUUAGAGUAAGCAUUCAAACUGAAUACUAAGCAGAUACGCACUGUCUUUUCUCAUCUUUAAAAUCUUGCCCAUUAACUAUCAUGUGUCUAGCCAAACAGCCUGAUUGCAAAUAGUGCAAUGGGCAUGCAAUGCAUGAUAUUUAUGUUUAGAUUUCCCACUUAAUUUUAGAGUGAAAAUCCUGGUUAAUUUUGAGAUUGUGUGUGCUUGACUGUUUUUGAUGAUUCCUGGACUGUUUGGUUGUUCAAGUUUUGUCAAAUAUGAACUGCAGGUUUUAAAUGUAUAUAACAACUUUAGUUUUAAGAACUCUUUUUGUAAAUAAUGGAUAGUGGUUAGUUUCUCACUCCAGUUUCAGCUUACUACUAAGUUUUAUAUAUAGGGUCUUAUUAUUCACAUUGUUUACUUGUUUGAUGUAAGAUUCUACAGCCUUAAAAUGCAGCUUUUAAUGUAAAAGCAUUAAACAUACUCUGUAAAAUGUGCAUACUUCAACUGUUUGUCAAUCUUAAAAAUCUGAGAAGUAGGUAAAAUUGUGUUAAUGAAAACAUUUUUAUCUGAUUUUGAGGAAGGAAGAAUAGUGAAGAUUCAUUUAACAUUUAGGUAGCUAAUUUGAGAACAAGGUAUUUUAAAAAGCACAUUAGAAAUAUUUUAUAUAAGAAACUUUGAUACUUCUUAUGUAUGUGUACAUACAAAACCAUGAGCAAACAUACACAUGCUUAUGAGAACUAUUAAUACAUAUUCAUUUCCAUCAAAUAUUGCUUUCUCUCUUUGCAGUUGUAAAUUAUUAGUUUAAAUAAAAAUAAUGCCACUGUAUCCAUAUUACAAAUGUAAUGUAGAUUAUUUCAAGUUUUUUGGGUAUAAUCUUUCCAUUCCCUACAAAGCCACUUUUGAGAUGACAUGCUCUGGAAUAGCACAUGAGACUGCAGCAGGGCAAACUGAAAGAAUUUGAUCAGACCAUACUAUAUAAGCAGUAACAUUUCUGUUUUCAUACAUUUUUGGUUCAACUUUUGACUGCAGAUGUCUUCUGUGGUAUAUUCUUUUUUCCAAGUUCUGUCAGCUGAGAUUUAAUCCAAAAAUACAUUUAACAUUAGAGCUUUGCUGCAGUUUGGAUUUAGAAGCAAAACAGUGUUUCAGAUAAUGCAGAGGCACAAAUGUAGUGCAACACCUUAAGUAAGUAUAUUUUUCUGGAAUCACACACCUAUUGCACGACCUUGGGAAAGGCACACAGGUACUUUGAAGAGUUGCAAACUGAUGAUACAUUUGUGACUUGCGCACACUGAAUACUUUUUUGCCUUUGAAUUUGAAGUGCUGCAGAGCCCUACUUUCUCCAUGGACAAUGACUGCUAAAGAACCUAUUCUUUUUUAGAUCUAUCUUAACAACUUUUUUAUAUUGUAUUAAACUACAAGGACUAGAAGAUUUGACAAUUUUCUUCUAACUCAGAGACAAUGAUCAUUGUAGUUAUUGAGAAUCUUAUUAAGCAACAUUUUCAGAACCUUCCAUGAAAUGUUAAAUUAAUCAUCACUUAGGGUAGGAUGUUCUGUAUAAGGGGCGGGGGAAUUGUCAAUUGCCUUAUGGGCAGAUUAUUAGGAAGUUGCUGCUGAUGGUGGAAGGAACUAGAGCCAAAGUAGGCAGGUACCUCUUUGAAGAGCUCUUCCUUUAUGCUAUCCAUUCUCACAUCACACAUCAGGUGCACUCUUGAAGCAGAGGAGGGAAUGAUUCUGAAUUGGAUUCCUAGAAUAAUUCACAAUUGCUUUUCUUGGAGGUGAAAUUAGAUGCCAAGCAGCUAUGAUCUUGCUUUCCUUAUUGAUGGAUUUGGCAUGAUUUAGAGACCUGGUUAUUUUCUGUGAUACACUGAGUUCCUAUGAAUUGACUUACUGUAAAUACAUUGUCUUGACAGCGGGAAGAUUUAACGUUCAUUUUAUACUUCUUUAGUGCCUGUAGAGCUAACCAAUUCUUCUUAGAUACUUUUACAUGGUCUUGGGUUGGAUUUUGUUAUGUCAUCGUUUACACAAAUGUUUACAUGAAAGUAAAAGCACUGUGUAUACUAAGGUUUUAAAUUGGUUGGUAUGUGUAACCAACCCAGGUUCUUUUGACUUUCUAAUACCUGGCAGCUCAAGAACAUCUUGAAUGUGUUGAAAUUUUGGAACUUAAAUUGCUUCACAAGGUAAGAGGGAAUAAUGUCAUACCAACAUGUGAAAUUUUAUAAACCAAAUCUCUGCCUCUAGAAUUGGCUUUUAAAAUUUCAUUUCACUUCCACUUGAUCGUUUGGUGAUUUUAAUUACCUUUAUUUCUAGUCUUUAGGUGACUGUUAAGAAUUUGGUAUCAAGCCAUUUGUUGGUUUUUUAACUGCAAAAGAAGUUACCUUGUAUGGGGAAAAAUAAAGCACAUUUUUUAUGAACA